AUGGCGACCAAGAAGGCGGGCUCGCGGCUGGAGACGGAGAUCGAGCGCUGCCGCUCCGAGUGCCAGUGGGAGCGGAUCCCCGAGCUCGUCAAGCAGCUGUCGGCCAAGCUCAUCGCCAACGAUGACAUGGCAGAACUCCUCCUUGGGGAAUCGAAGCUGGAGCAGUACCUGAAGGAACACCCCCUGCGGCAGGGGGCCAGUCCCCGAGGCCCCAGGCCCCAGAUGACUGAGGUCCGCAAGCAUCUGACCGCUGCCCUGGACCGAGGGAACCUCAAGUCAGAAUUCCUACAAGAGUCCAAUCUGAUCAUGGCCAAGUUGGAUUAUGUUGAAGGAGACUAUGAAGCCGCUCUCAACAUUUAUGCCCGGGUGGGCCUGGAAGACUGGCCGCUGACGGGUGUCCCCCCUUACAGGUUGCGGAUGGCCGCGGACGCCUACGCCACCAAAGGACUUUGUUUAGAGAAGUUGCCUAUUUCUUCUUCUACCAGUAAUCUCUAUGUGGAUCGGGAACAGGAUGUCAUCACCUGUUAUGAGAAGGCAGGGGACAUUGCACUCCUGUACCUCCAAGAGAUAGAAAGGGUAAUACUUUCUAAUAUUCAAAACAGAAGUCCUAAGCCUGGCUCUGCUCCCCACGAUCAAGAACUAGGUUUUUUCCUAGAAACAGGACUACAGAGAGCCCAUGUCCUCUAUUUCAAAAAUGGGAACUUGACGAGAGGAGUCGGGAGAUUUAGAGAGAUCCUCAGAGCAGUGGAAACGAGAACAACCCAGAGCCUGCGAAUGACAAUAGCCAGGCAGCUGGCGGAGAUCUUGUUGCGGGGUAUGUGUGAGCAGAGCUACUGGAACCCUCUGGAGGAUCCGCCAUGCCAGUCACCUCUGGACGAUCCUCUCCGGAAAGGAGCAAACACAAAAACCUACACCCUCACGCGGAAAGCCCGUGUCUACUCAGGAGAGAACAUAUUUUGUCCUCAAGAAAAUACUGAAGAAGCCCUGUUGUUAUUGCUGAUUAGUGAAUCAAUGGCCAACCGGGACGCUGUGCUGAGCAGGAUACCUGAGCACAAGAGCGACCGCCUCAUCAGUUUACAGAGUGCAUCUGUGGUCUAUGAUUUACUGACCAUCGCUCUUGGAAGAAGAGGCCAGUAUGAGAUGCUGUCAGAGUGCUUAGAAAGAGCCAUGAAGUUUGCCUUUGAGGAGUUCCACCUCUGGUACCAGUUUGCUCUGUCACUCAUGGCUGCUGGAAAAUCUGCUCGCGCGGUGAAGGUGCUGAAAGAGUGCAUCCGCCUGAAGCCGGACGACGCCACCAUCCCGCUUCUGGCCGCAAAGCUGUGCAUGGGCUCCCUUCACUGGUUGGAAGAGGCUGAGAAGUUUGCCAAAACCGUCAUUGAUGCGGGAGAGAAAACGUCAGAGUUCAAGGCCAAAGGCUACUUGGCCCUGGGGCUUACAUACAGUCUGCAGGCCACUGACGCUUCUUUGCGAGGGAUGCAGGAGGUCCUACAGAGAAAGGCGCUUCUUGCAUUUCAGAGGGCCCACAGCCUGUCACCUACAGAUCACCAAGCAGCUUUCUACCUGGCUCUGCAGCUUGCCAUCUCCAGACAGAUACCAGAGGCCCUGGGGUAUGUCCGCCAAGCUCUUCAACUUCAAGGCGAUGAUGCCAACUCCCUGCACCUCCUUGCCCUCCUGUUGUCAGCACAAAAGCAUUACCAUGAUGCUCUGAAUAUCAUUGACAUGGCCCUGAGUGAAUAUCCAGAAAAUUUUAUACUACUGUUUUCCAAAGUGAAGUUGGAGUCGCUGUGCCGGGGCCCGGAUGAGGCGCUCCUCACUUGUAAGCACAUGCUACAGAUUUGGAAAUCCUGCUACAAUCUUACCAAUCCCAGUGAUUCUGGACGUGGGAGCAGCCUCUUAGAUAGAACCAUUGCUGACAGACGACAGCUUAAUACAAUUACUUUGCCAGACUUCAGCGAUCCCGAGACAGGCUCUGUCCACGCCACGUCGGUAGCAGCCUCCAGAGUGGAGCAGGCACUGUCGGAAGUAGCGUCGUCUCUGCAGAGCAGUGCCCCCAAGCAGGGCCCGCUACACCCCUGGAUGACGCUGGCACAGAUCUGGCUCCACGCAGCUGAAGUCUAUAUCGGCGUUGGGAAGCCGGCAGAAGCCACAGCCUGUACCCAAGAAGCUGCCAACCUCUUCCCGAUGUCCCACAACGUCCUGUACAUGCGAGGCCAGGUUGCCGAGCUCCGAGGAAACAUCGAGGAGGCCCGGCGGUGGUACGAAGAGGCCUUAUCCAUAAGCCCCACCCACGUGAAAAGCAUGCAGCGGCUGGCCCUGAUCCUCCAUCAGCUGGGCCGCUACAGUCUGGCCGAGAAGAUCCUCCGGGACGCGGUGCAGGUGAACUCCACGGCCCACGAGGUCUGGAACGGACUGGGCGAGGUCCUGCAAGCUCAGGGCAACGACGCGGCGGCCACUGAGUGCUUCCUGACGGCCUUGGAGCUGGAGGCCAGCAGCCCCGCGGUGCCCUUCACCAUCAUCCCCCGCGUGCUCUGAGCAGCGCCCCAGCCUCACUGCCGCCCAGGCCAAGGGGGCCCCGCCUGGGCGCUGAGGGUCGAGUGUGCGCACGAAGGCCCUGGAUGAAUGUGCGAUUGACCACAGUGGACUAAACAAACCAACCCCUGAUCAUCGCUCUCUACGUGCAUUUCUGUUGUCGUUUUCGCCAGCCCAAUGAUAGUUUCUGAAUCUACUGACAUUGUUCAAAAUGGAUCAUGUGCCAUAUUUUGUUAGCUGACAUCUAAGUUUUAAGUAAAAUGAUCAUGGAAUUAA